CCCCGCCAAGCCAGCCCAUUUAAAUAUUCGUAAGAAAAAAAAUCGUGAAAGGGGAUCCACAGCGCAAACGGCGACUGCGAGCACACGACUCCACCACCUCCGCCGGCGAGGGUUAGGGCCUGUGGUCGCCGCCAAGUGGACUCCCGUGCGGCGGCGAUGACGAGGAGAUCUACUUAUGGACCCUUCUUGAUGGCAAGGAACAUUGCAUUACAUGGCCAAACGAAUUGGAGUAAGUCGACUCAGACCAGCCACCUCCCUUGUGGUAAUGCUUUUUUCUGCACCCUCGGCGAGCAAUUUGUAGCCACCAAAGGGAAGAAUAGAGGGAAAAUGAGGAAGGAAACCAAGAAGGUCAAUGUAAGAUCGGCCUUCAUCAUUGAUAAUAGCACCCAUCGCGAUGAGUCUAUAUACAGAAACUCUUUUCUCCAAAAAAUAUGUAGUGUUACAAACCCUAAUGAGACACAACUGGAGCCAAUGAUGUUAUCGGAUCCCACUGAUUGUUUUCCUGACCGAGAAAGAUGUGUUGUGCAUUCUGUACGCUACAUGAUGCAAAUAUUUUCAUUAAAGUUGGCUAAAGUUCCUGUGAACACAAGCUCGGUACAACUAUAUGGAUAUAUAGCUACGCGAGAUUGUCUGGAUUCAUUGCUAAAUUAUAUUGUCAAUCGUAGCAGGGACGAUCCCAUUAUAGUGCAUCAGGGCUCUCUCAUUGAGAUGACUGGCCCUAAGAGGGGAAUCACAAUGACCUCUCCUGUUCUAGUUGAGUUUGACAUGAGGAUCAGGAAAGGAGAGCAAGAAGAAGAUGAUCUACAAUUAAUUGACGGUGCAAUAGACUGCGAACUAACCACACCUUCCCGUCCAUCCACUAACCGCAUUAAUGGCGAUUGUGGAGCAGUUGACAUCACUUUGGCCCGCGUUCCAGGUGCGGUGGAGGCCACUAUAGAUGUUAUUAUAUCAAAAGUGCAGAGCGGAUUCAGUUUAUCUCUGAGCUCGUUUGUGUUUGCCGGUGGGUCACAUGAGGGAAUCGAACUCUUUUGUGGUACUAUCGGUGAGUCAUGUGGCUUAACAAGAAGAUAUGUGAUUGCUGUACAGAUGGGUAGUUGGAUGCAUUUGAAGUUCAAUGUAGGUCAGAAAGGCUCUGAAUAUGACGAUCUGGAACGCUAUUGCCGCUUCAAAGCAGACAUCCAUGGGUGUGACUGUCGACAAAUAAUACUUGAGCAUGCAUCAAUCUCGCUGAAGGUGACUUGGUUGAUUGUGCGAUAAAGUCGUUGUGUUUUGUAUUCAGACUUUACUGGAAUUAUUUGGUCUUGCACUGGAUGGAUACAUGUCCACUUGGCACUGAAUGCAUCUAUCUCCUGCCGGCAUGCUCCACCUGCGCGCUCUUGCGGCGCGGCUAUCUCCAGUUCGUCCCAGAUGAGAAGGGAAGCAGUAAAGAUGUGGGGAUGCACCUUGGUGUUCACAAAGCUGGGGAGCCCAAGAAUCAGCAUGGUCGAUGAUUUCAACUCCAGGGGCACCAGGGCCGAAUGAUGGAAGGACCGGAGGCAGCGAGGACGACGUCGACGAUGCUCCAUUGUACGAUUUGUGCCCGAUGCAAAUCUGAUGCUCCGCUGCACUUUUCGUCCAGGCAUCAACGGCUUGAUCAAGUGGAUCAUGCACAAAUCGUCCAAGUUGCGUCGUGUGUAUAGCACUGUUUAAUAUUUAAAUUCUUAGGCCAACUCCAACGCGCCGCCGCUGUUUUUCGAUCUAGGGUUCCACCCGUGGUGCUCCGAGGGAGUGACGCGGGGGAGCGGGGUUUUGCACAUUAAGGUCCUCUCAGGUCCAGCUUUGCCCACAAAAAUAAAUAAGAAAUGAAAAAUUGAUGUUAGUUUUUGAGAAGGAUACAUUUA